AUGGCCAACCAAUCCACUGGGACAGAUUUCCUUCUGAUGGGAUUUUCUGAGGACCGUGAUUUGCAGAUUCUGUCUUUUGUAAUAUUUCUUGCCAUUUACUUACUAGCCUUAGUUGGAAAUUUCCUUCUUGUUGCUGCUGUGAUAAUAAAUCACCAGCUUCACACUCCCAUGUAUUUCUUUUUGGUCAAUUUGUCAUUCUCUGAUGUUUGCUUCAUCUCAACUACGAUUCCUAAAGCCAUGGCCACAUCUUUGACAAACAACAAAGUGAUCUCCUUUGUUGGAUGUGCUGCUCAAGUCUUCUCCGUCUUCACCUUUGCAGGUUCUGAGCUUACCUUGCUCACCAUCAUGGCUUAUGACCGUUACGUGGCCAUCUGCCAUCCUUUGCAAUACACGCUAACGAUGAACUGGGAUGCCUGUUUACAAAUGGCAGCCGCUUCCUGGAUAAGCAAUUUGGUCUAUGCUCUGCUGCACACCACUCUCACUUUCAGGUUAAAUUUCUGCAAAUUACACAUAAUUGAGCAAUUUUUCUGUGAUGUUCCUCAGCUACAAAAGAUUUCCUGUAGUGAUACAAGAAUUAACCAAAUUCUGGUUUUGGUUGUAGGGUUUAUUGUAGACACAUUUUGUAGUGGGCUCAUUUUUGUUUCCUAUGGCUACAUCUUCUCUGCUGCACUAAGAAUUCCUUCAGUUCAAGGCAGAUAUAAAGCCUUCUCAACAUGUACUCCCCACCUGAUGGUUUUUUCUUUAUUUUUGAGCUUUGCUACCUUUGCAUAUAUGAGGCCCCAGAGUCUUUCCUCUCAUACUUUGGACUUGCUCUCUGCUCUUCUCUACACAGUUUUGCCCCCACUACUCAAUCCCCUGAUUUAUAGCUUCAGGAACAAGGACAUCCAGGACACUGUGUGGAGAAUGCUAAGAAAAAUAAAAGUAGAAGUUAUAUUUUGCUUUAAAUGGUUUUGGGAGGUGGAAUUGGGUUUAAAUGUGUCAAAUUGGAAGUAA